AUGGCCGAUGAGCAGACUUUACGUCAAUUGGCAACCCAAGACGUUGUUCAAACUCCAAUUUGUAUCAGGUAUCCGACAGGUAAUCAAAACUUUGUUCUUAAGACUGGCUUGGUCCAUCUCUUACCUACAUAUCACGGGUUAGAGAAUGAGGACCCUAAUAAGCAUUUAAAGCAAUUCCAUAUUGUUUGCUUGAGCAUGAAACCGGCCGAGGUUACAGAGGACCUUAUAAAGUUAAAGGAUUUUCCUUUUUCUUUAAAGGACCGGGCUAUUGAUUGGUUAUACUCGUUACCACCUGAUUCGGUAACGACGUGGAACCAAAUGGCGAGGCUAUUUCUAGACAAAUUCUUUCCUGCCUCCCGAGCCGCUAACCUCCGUAGAGAGAUUUGUAGCAUUAAGCAACGAGAUGUUGAAACUUUCCAUGAAUAUUGGGAGAGAUUCAAACAUCUCUGUGUGCGUUGUCCACAACAUGGAAUCUCGGAACAAUUGCUCUUGGAAUACAUUUAUGAGGGUCUCCUACCUAUGGAUAGGAAGAUGAUUGAUGCCGCUAGUGGCGGUGCCAUGUUCAAUAAGACCCCAACCGAGAUUAGAGCUCUAAUCACUACCAUGGCCGAGAAUUCCCAACAAUUUAGUCUUGUAGUUGAUAAAGAACAGGUGAAAGCUUGCGGCAUAUGCUUGGCUACGGGCCAUCCAACUGAUGCAUGCCCACAACUUCAAGAGGAUGUGUUGGUGACGGCCGAAAACAUGAACGCUAUAGGAGGUUAUCAAGGUCAGCCACAACCACAACAAAGAUUCUUCAACAAMAAUUUUGGCAACCAAAGACCUCCUCAAUUUCAGAAUUUUGUGCAAAGGCCGCCACAACAACAGUUUCAGCAAAGAGCACCCUUCAAUCUGAAUCGAGCUACUUCUAGUAGCCCAGGUAUGUCCCUUGAAGACAUUGUCAAGAAUUUAGCUGCUAAUACUCUUCAAUUCCAACAAAAAACAGAGGCAAGCAUUCAAAAUUUGGGAGCUCAAAACUUGCCACCUCCGUGA